CGGGUGAGAACAGCGCUUCAAGGUGGUACUGCGCGUGAGUCCCUCGAGAACGCCCGCCCCUGGCGGCCUGACCCGGUCUGAGGGCCAGACGCGGCCAGCAGGGUCGCAGGGGCCGCUGCGAUGGACUCGCUGGCAGCACCCCAGGACCUCCUGGUGGAGCAGCUGCUGUCACCGCGGACCCAGGCCCAGAGGCGGCUCAAGGAUAUCGACAAGCAGUACGUGGGCUUCGCCACACUGCCCAACCAGGUGCACCGAAAGUCCGUGAAGAAGGGCUUCGAUUUCACGCUCAUGGUGGCUGGUGAGUCAGGCCUGGGGAAGUCCACGCUGGUCCACAGCCUCUUCCUGACCGACUUGUACAAGGACCGGAAGCUGCUCAGUGCCGAGGAGCGCAUCAGCCAGACGGUGGAGAUCUUGAAGCACACGGUGGACAUUGAAGAGAAAGGGGUCAAACUGAAGCUCACCAUUGUGGACACGCCAGGCUUCGGGGAUGCCGUCAACAACUCUGAGUGCUGGAAGCCCAUCACCGACUACGUGGACCAGCAGUUUGAGCAGUAUUUCCGUGACGAGAGCGGCCUUAACCGCAAGAACAUCCAAGACAACCGGGUGCACUGCUGCCUGUACUUCAUCUCCCCUUUUGGGCACGGGCUGCGGCCAGUGGAUGUGGGUUUCAUGAAGGCUCUGCACGAGAAGGUGAACAUCGUGCCCCUCAUUGCUAAAGCUGACUGUCUUGUCCCUGGCGAGAUUCGGAAGCUGAAGGAGCGGAUCCGGGAGGAGAUUGACAAGUUCGGAAUCCACGUGUACCAGUUCCCAGAGUGUGACUCGGACGAGGAUGAGGACUUCAAGCAGCAGGAUCGGGAACUGAAGCCCUGCACUUGCUCCUCCCCAGGAGAGCGCUCCCUUCGCUGUUAUCGGCAGCAACACGGUGGUGGAGGCCAAGGGGCAGCGGGUCCGGGGACGACUGUACCCCUGGGGGAUCGUGGAGGUGGAGAACCAGGCGCACUGCGACUUCGUGAAGCUGCGCAACAUGCUCAUUCGCACGCACAUGCACGACCUCAAGGACGUGACGUGCGACGUGCACUACGAGAACUACCGUGCGCACUGCAUCCAGCAGAUGACCAGCAAACUGACCCAGGACAGCCGCAUGGAGAGCCCCAUCCCCAUCCUGCCACUGCCCACGCCCGACGCCGAGACAGAGAAGCUCAUCAGGAUGAAGGAUGAGGAGCUAAGGCGCAUGCAGGAGAUGCUGCAGAAGAUGAAGCAGCAAAUGCAGGACCAGUGACCGCCCCAGCCUCACGUCCCCAUGGAUAUACUGCCAGUUUCUGGGCUGGCCCUUCCCACCCCAGGACCCCGACUGGUCUGUACUCGACCCUGGAUUCAUGUGGAUCUCCGACAGGCUUGGACACAACCCCAAUCCCAGAGUGGCCCAGACCCGGACUGUUCCCGACCAUUCCCCACCUAACCUGGAGACACGGGGUCGCAGCCCCCAGCCAACCCUAAUUUAUUCUCAGCAUCAACCACUCCCCCCAUUUGUAUCUGCUUCCAAGGGGGCUGGACAACAGCCUCUACAACCAGCCCCCUCUGGCAUUGGGGGAGCAGAAGCUGCGUUGGCCCGUGACUUCUGAGAUCUACACCUACCCCAGAAGGUCCUAGCACUCAGACUCCAGGCCCUACUCGGGGCAGGUAAACCGAGGCAGAACAGGCUAGCAGACCCCAGGGUCUCAGGCUAUUCCCCAGCCCAGUGCGGCAGAGC